CAUCAGCUGUUGUUAAAAAAAAUUAACGGGAUAUCGCGAUGUAACUGGUCACACCGACGGCCACAUCAAAAAACUGGGGGUCUGGCGUGACCCUGUUACUACUAUCCCGCAAUAAAAUAGCUGUGUAAUCUAAGAUAGUUGGUGUAUCGUGUUAAAAGUGGCAUAUAGUAAAUUUUAGUGUAAUUUAUGUGUAAAAUAUGGAACGCAGCACAGGAACAGAAGUGUACGGGUGUGGCUCAGCCCAAACUACGGACAUAACGCUGAAUAUACAAACCACUACGGGUGGUAAUUUCUCCAUCAGUUUGAACGGCAAACAGACAGUGGAGCAUCUGAAAAAACUCGUGUCGAAAAAGUUAAAGGUGUCCAAGGAUCGAAUAUGUCUGUUGCAUCGCGAGAGACAACUGCGCGAGGGCACGCUGGAGGACAACGGGCUGCUGGACGGGUCGCGCGUGAUCCUGCUGCCCAGCGUGGAGACGGGACUCCUGAGUCAGAGGCCAGAAAACUCUGUGAUGCAAGCCUUAGAGUCUUUAAAUGACACACAAGUCAAUGAUUUCUUGAGUGGUAAAUCCCCACUAAACUUGACUAUGCGGUUAGGAGACCACAUGAUGCUCAUACAGCUUCAACUUUCAACAUUGAGUUCAGUAUCAGCAAGCACUGUUCGAUCUCUCAGGACAUCUACGCCCACAAAGAGUUCAACCACUUCAGCAUCACUACCUGCACAGACAAAAAGUGAUAUCAAAGCAUCACCUAGCCCUCAAGGCAAUCAACAGAAACCCACAGAAGUCAAUGACUCAAAUGUAGACAAAUCUAAUGCAGAGAAUAACAAAACAAAACCAGAAAUCCACACAAAUCUAUUGCAUAAAAAAGAUUUAGAAAUAUUACAGAAUGCUUUUGAAAUGUAUCAUCGUUCAGUGGCCGAAGAGAAAUCUGCUGAGAAAAACGAAACAUGUGAACACAAACAAGAUUCCUCUGGUACAUCAAAUGGUACUAUAUCAAAUUUGUCUGAUACAUCUGUAGAAAAUGAACAAUCUCCAAUAAAAUCACUGUCUAACUUAGUGUCUAGUCCUAUCGAUGCUUCGGCCACAGAAAACAGAGAUGCGGCAAUCAUGAACUCUGUCAGAACUAAUUUAAUUGAUUUCUUAUCACAAAACAAGAUCAGUGAGCAAGUGACACCAACAACAAGUACAGCAUGUGCGGCCAAACAGUGUGCGUCCACUUCGUCCCACACACCUGACAGCUCCUUCAGUGAUGACAGUGACAGUUUUGCAGACCAAAGUUUAUUUCUUACAGAAAGUACCAUUGAUGAAUAUCCAAUGGAAAACCUUUUCAAUAGUGCAGUGGACAAAGGUCUUUUUCAAGACCAGGAUGAGUGCAUGAUGGACCGAGAAAUAUCGAAUCUAGCCACAACGAGUCAUGGACAAGAAACAAAUACAGGGAUGUUGCCAUCUUUUCAAAGUAUAAAUGAACCUUUGAAAAACAAGAGGUUCCAAUAUUUACUUCAUAAAACCUCAAAAUUUAAGCAUCCUAUAGGUCAGAAUAAACAGAAAGCUUUCAUGCAGUCCGUGGUGAAUAAACAUAAGAAAAGAAUGCAAAACCUACAAGAUAAUAAUUUAGUACAGCCUUCCACUUCCAGAACGGAACCAUAUAUUACUAAUUCUAGGAAACUAAUACUGCAGCCAAGCAGUAGUACACAGACUGAGGAGCAAGCGACUCCAUCUACAUCCAGACAGGUGUCCUUCAGGCCGCCUGAUGCACCAAAGAAACCACAGAGAGCUUCACCCACACCCACUGUGGACACUAAAGCACUAAUAGAAGCUUCAAAAAAUCUAACACAGAAACUCAAAAAGUUAUCUAAAGAAGUGUUGACUAACAAGGUUGAUCUCAGAAUGGCCGAAGAGUCUGUACGUUCCAAAAUAGGUCCUGGGGCUGUGAUAGAAUCCAUGAAGCAUCAUGGCAAAGGAGUAUAUUCAGGAACCUUCUCUGGAACACUAAAUCCAGCUCUUCAAGACAGAUAUGGCCGACCGAAGAGAGAUAUUUCCACAAUUAUUCAUAUAUUGAAUGACUUGUUAUGCGCGACGCCGCAAAUUGCCUUGUCUCAGAAGGAUUCCAGCUUUUCGUGUGGCUCAAUAGACGAACAGAUAAAAUGUACCUGCAGUCAACCAUCAUGCUCGUAUGGACAGUGUGAUGGUCACAUCCCAUCCACAUCCACGGCCAGUAUCAGAGACUGCUUGUGCAAACCCAAAGACUGCCAAUGCAUCAGAGUUAACCCAGAACUCUGUGCUUCGUGCGCUAGCAAAGCGACCACCGAAGAAAUUUGCAAAAAAUGCGAUACAGCUAAAACCUUAGCCAUGGAAAACUCUAAGACCAAGUGCAAACUGGAGCAGUUGAGGCUUGUCAUGCAACAGAAGAAACAGAGACGCGAGGCGAGGAAACUCAAGACAUUGCCUUACACGAACGCACCGCCGAAAACCAUAACGUCGCCGGAACAAGCGCCCGUCUUACAGGAAGAAAUAGAAACUGUUGCCUAACACGCGACACCGUAAUAAUUUAUUAAAAGACGCACGCUUGUAACAGUUGUACAGUUGUAACAUGUCGCCAUUUUGUCACGCUUUUGUAUGGUAAUUACUAAUUAUUUCAGUCGUUUCUCAUUUCAACUCGAAUCAACCGGCGAGUGAUAUUGUUUCGUAACUUGGGAGGUUUCCGACUAAGCACGGAUGCGACGUGCAAACAAUUUCUGUGCCUUUAGUUGGCGUGAGCGGCGCGUGCCUAAAGCUUUUGAAUUACGUUACUCUCCGUGUGUAUUGCAUUGUAUAGAAAGAUAUUGACAUGAAUCGUAGACAAAUGUUUUUCAAAUAUGCUAAAACGAUGUUAUGCAGCCGUGCAUUGAACCGCUGUAGGACGACGGCAGUGGCCACUGUCUUGUUUUGGAAGUGAGUUGAAACACGUGCGAGUGAAGUUUUAGGCGUAUUGUAUCCUGCGCGGCGGCCGAGACUCAAAGUCUAAUAUUCUAAAUUACCAUUUUGACUAAGGUUAGACUAUAGACGUAUUAUCGUUGAGUGCUAUUACACGCAUGUACAAAAUGAUAAAGAUUGAAUUAGCUAAAUUACUAGUGUAGAUAUUAUGUUAAGCAGUUAGGAUUCUCCAAUACAGUUGCCUGGAGCGGCUCUAAAUUAACUUGUUGUUAUUAUUUUAGAUUAUAUUUUAUUUUAUUGGUUCAGUCAACUAUUAAACACUUGUGUAACUAGUAUAGUAUAAUAUUAUAAAGUAACGUUUUUAUUUGCAAUUAAAUUAACGGGACACGAUAGUACUGUAGACAAAAUCUUUUUGCACACGUGAAAAUGUUUUGUGUCUUCUAAUAUUACUUGCAACGCAAUUAAAUUUGUUCCGCUUUUUUACACAAUUGGCACUGUUAUUCUUAUAGUUAUUUUUCUUUGUUCUCUUUUUAUCUCACGGGUAUUUUGUUAAAAGAUAAUAAAUAUGUUUUCUCAUUACACUCAUUUCGUUUAGUUUCUUUAUUUUUCAUUAUUUUUAAAGUAAAAUUAUGGGGAUUAUACGUAUUGCGAAGACACCAUCAUGCGCAGAAUGUACUUCGAGUAAUUGUAACCACACUACGUGCAAGUGACGAACACUAAAGUAGAGAGCUAGCUAUGUAUAUAAAUAAAUAUUAUGCAAAUGAAUAGUGGUAAAAUGCUUGAUUUUUCAUUAUAUUUCAUGGAUUUAUAUUUUUAAAGUUUUAAUGUUGAAAUACCUAGAAAGAAAUAAUUUUAGGGGAAUAUUAUGGAAUAAUCUGUGAAUAAUAAAUAUAGCAUAACAAGUAAACCAUGAGAUACCCAUUAACUGCCGCGAGUUUAAUUUAUAGAUACCAGAUUAAUAUUUAAAAAUAAUAUUACUGUAAAUGGCCCACACUUAAUCGCUUCGUUUAGAUUACGUUUGACAAUAGCAUUACUGGAAAGGUAGGAGACAGAACACAAUAGCACUUUGUGUCUAUAUUCUAAGUAUUAGAAAAUAAUGCAAAAUGUAAAUAAUUGUGAAAGAUCGGUAUAAAAUGGAGAGGCGCAAUAUUCCUUCUAUAUAUUUAGUCUUGUGUAGCCGUAUUAUAGUUUGCCGAGGACCUACAUAUUAUGUAUAUUUGUGGCAGUGUUCCUUAUUCUCUUUUUCAUUUUAUACCGACUUGGCGCACAUAGUGUAAAGUGAUAUAACUAUAUAGCCCAAGUUCAUUUGCAUUAUGGAAUUGAUCUUAGUCGUGGGUAGUUUCAGAAUUGGUCUUCCACCAUUGUUAUGUUGCAUUUUCGUACCCAGUCGGUAAGGGGCCAAAUAGCAGGUUAUAAUUUUCCCCAGAGAUAAAUCAAUAUUUUCAAUACACCUUACUUGAAGCCAAGUUCGUCCGAGAGUGCUGCUACGAAAACUUCGAUACAUUUGAAGAAAUUGGCUAUUUCUUUUGAUCCCGAAUAUUGGAGGUGGUGUUCUCUAUCAAUGCUUGUUACAAAGUUUUAAUAUAUAUCAAAGCUUUAAACAAACUCAGCACUGGCAGAUUAAGUGCUGUUUUGUGGCAUUCGAAAUAAAAGCAGCAUUCAUCAGGGUGACAAGGCGGUCUCCUCACACUAAGUGCCUGUAAGUGUAAGGUGCGCGUGUUGUAUUAGUGAGUGCCAUAGGUACACGUACCGUAUAUGUUAUAUUUUUAUUAUUUUGGCACUGUUAGCGUUUGGUGUACGAUGUCCGAUCUCUUACCAAUACAUAUUCAUAGGAUCUCAAAAACAUUUUACUGCAAAAUUGUAACUUGCAUUUUGGUGUUAAAAUGAAACAUUGCCUCCUGUGACUUGGAAUUUGAAAUGGUAGACUUGUUUGAUGUAAAAUUCACAUUAGUAUAACGUUCAGUAUAUUCGAACAUAUAAAAUAUUUAUUGCUUAUAUAUCGAAGUAUAAAGUUCCUCAAUACCGCUUUGAGUUCAAAGUCACAGAAUCGUCUGUAUAUACAUUUGUUACCAAUUAUUUUAGUCGUGACAUGUUUUUGUUAAGGUUUUGAGGGAAAAUUGUGAAAUUGUUUUUUUUUGUCCUUGUAUUGCAUGUAUAGUGAGGAGAAUAAAGUAAAGUAACAAAACUA